CAACCUCCACCCACUUGCUCUCGUCGACAUGUCUCUCCCACAGCCCGUUCCGCCAUCCUGGAAAGAUCUCGGCAAGUCCUCUAAUGACUUACUUGGCAAGGACUUCCCGAUUGGCAGCACCCAACUCGAGGUCAAGACGACCACCCCAUCUGGUGUCGCGUUCAAGGUCAACGGCACAUCGAUUCCUUCAACUGGCGUGAACGCAGUCGCCGAGACGAAGUACACCGACCGCAAGCACGGGCUCACGCUCACGCAGUCUUGGACAACCGCCAACGCACUCACGACGAAUGUCGAGCUCGAAAACAACCUUGUCAGCGGACUCAAGCUCGACGCAAACGCGACUAUCACUCCGGGAUACUCUGCUGGAGAGAAGGUCCAGCCAUCGUCAAAGAACGUGCUCCUAAACGCCGCGUACAAAACUCCUGGCUUGCACACCCGUGCGAACCUCAACCUCUUCAAGGGUCCUACCUUCACUGCUGACGCUAUCCUCGGCCGCGACGGCUUCUUGCUCGGUGCUGAGGCGCAGUACAACGUCAGCACCGGCCAGAUUGCUGGCUACGCUGCCGGUCUUGGCUUCAGCGCUCCAGAAUAUGCUGUUGCGCUCCUCGCGACGAACAAGCUCUCACAGUUCACUGCGAGCUACUAUCACCGUGUAAGCCGUGAUGUGGAGGCUGGUGGACGUGCAAUCUACAACUCCAAGAAGCCUGCUGAUGGUGUUUCCCUCGAAGUUGGCACCAAGACUUAUCUCGACCAGGCUGCAUUCAUCAAGGCGAAGAUCAACAACACUGGUGUUCUCUCCCUUGGUUACACUCAGGCUCUCCGUCCAGGUGUAAAGGCCUCCUUUGGUCUCGCACUCGACACGACGAAGCUCAACGGUAACGACGCCGCAGCGCACAAAGUCGGCGCGUCCUUCACCUUUGAAUCCUAAACCCUAAAGAAGGACAGAUGCCCCAUAGUCUGUUUGCUUAGAUAGAGCAGUGUAGUUCUGGCAUUAAUAUCCUCAAUCUCUACUCAUACGUACGAACAUGACACGUUGCCGGCAUUCACGCGUAUAUACACAAAAAAAGUUACCAUGC